CGAACAGCUCUUGAAUCGAGUCUAGCAGGUAAUCCAUAUUCAUCCGCUUUAGAUGCCUCACCAACCUCAGUCAAUCAGCAACGGAGUACCCGGAUGGAACUGUCAUGGCCGCCAUCGCUGAACUGCAAGGCUAAAGAGAAAAGGAAGGAGCCUCUAUAUUGAAGCAUGGAAGAGGACCUGAAAACACUGGAUGAUCCUGCUGAAAGCCAUGACGACAUGGAGGCUGAGGAAGAAAAGGAAUUGGCAAAGGACCACACCGGCCAGAAGUUUGAUCAAUUUCCUGGGUUGCCAUAUAGUGACCAAUGUGACCCUGAUGAAACAUCUGUUGAGGAGUCAGGUAGUCGCAAGACAGCCAGAAAAGCAUCUAAGUCACCAUGUAAAAUACAGCAAGGUGCAGUCUUCUCUGGAAAAAUACUUAGCUUUGGGUGUUCAGAGUGUAAGGGUGACGCUACCUACAGCCCCAAUGAUCUCCUCAAACAUUUUCAGGGGGCCCACAAGGGGACCCUGCCGACGUAUCCGUGUGACUUGUGUGGCUUUGUUACAAAUGAGUUCCCUGCACUUCAGCGCCAUCGGAUCGGGCACAGGAACACUUUAGUCACAUGCGAGAUCUGUAAUGAUGAUGUACAGUACUCUCUCCUCCUGCUCACUAGACACUAUAUCAUGUCUCACAGCCAAAAUGGCCACUUUCACUGUGAAAAAUGUGAGUUUUCAACAGUUGACGCAGGGACAUUUGUUCAGCACAUCCAUCAUCACAAUGAGAGCCGGCUCAAAUGUGUGAAGUGUCAACAUGUGAGCUCUAGCCGAGGUGAGCACCAGAGGCACCUAAAACUCCACUCGGGUACCUUCCCCUUCACGUGUCAGGUCUGUGGAUAUGGGGCAGCACGGAGAGAAUACCUCACAAAGCACAUGGUAACUGUCCAUGGUGAGGAAGCAGGCAAGAAAAAUAAAUGGAGAGCAACGGAGGACCGCAACAAUACCCUGGUAAACUCCUCUUCAGGAUUAAAACUCCUGCUGAAGAAAAGCCCAGCUGCAGGUGGUCAAUCUAAGGAAUCCCAGUGGAUGUCCAAACUGAAUUCUCUUCCUGGAGUAGGUUUACUUGACCAAAAUGGAAGGUUGUUGAACCCAGAGAAAACAUUGGAGGAAACCCAACAGUUCCUUGAAAGGGCUGUGGGUGUGAAACAGGACUGUAAGAAGCGGGUCAAAGGGACUCUUAAAAAUGAGCAACAAUUUGACUCCCAGGCCGUAUCAUCGAUACCACCACCUAAGUCUCCGGAAAGUGAUGACAGUUAUGGGGCUGACACCCUAAACCCGAACUCCAAUGGACUAACUGUUCUCAUGGUCAAAAAUAAAAUCUCUAUUCCACCUAACUGUACAACAAAAGUAAUGGGGUUCAAAAUGGUUGACGGCAAAAAGCAUUUAGUUCUCAAAGUUAUACCAACAGCAAAGCCUGAGUCCUCUGCAGAAAAUAGAAUGUUAUGUAGAGCGCAAGAGAGAGGCUGCCCAAUUAUAGACGCUACCUCCGAUGGAAAUCAAUGCUCAGAUUCGGCUGACAAUUGGGAAAAUUCAAGUACUAGCUUCCCUUACAUGACAGUUCUAAGCCCCUCAGGGACUGAUCGAGAUGCUGCAAUUUCAGUUCAAGUGAAACCAGAGGAAGAGGACAUUAGCAUUGAGGAGAUGUUGCCCAUACUGGAGAAACUACCACAGAAAAUAGCACAGAAAGCAAAACACACAGAGCAGCAGAGGAAUGGUGAACAACAUAAGUUUAAGGAUGAACAGAUUCCUUCCUUGGCAGUUUCUCCAAUGACCAAAGAGUCAGAUCACUCCACGAUUCAGAACGGUAAACUGAAUAACAAUACAUCAUCAAUUGCUAAUCAGUCGAAUGAUUCUGAGUUGGGAGACAAAAUGUCUGCUUAUUCAAGCCCUAAUGUGACUGCUGUGGAGGUCGUUCCAGCCAAAAUGCUCACAGAUAAGACCAUGCCCUCUGAAUCCGCUUAUGAGACCAUGCUUCCCAAACCAGUCUCUGAAGAAACUAUCAGCAUGCUUAGAGUUGGUGACCUGAAUACAGCUACAGCUGAUAAGAUCAGUGACCCCAUCACUGAAAAUUGCCCUGUGCCCAAUGGAGAGACGUUACCCUCCAAUGACAAACCUAAGAAGACUGCCCCAGGACCCAUGACUGGUGACAUCCUACCUUCUGAUGAUACUGUUGAAAAUAAUCAUUCAAUUAUCAAGGAGAUGGUUCCUACUGAUUUUACUGCCAAUAAGUUUAAUUCCUGUGUAGCGACUAAGACUAAAACUGAAACUUUAAUAUCAGAUCUGAUGCCCCAACUGGAGUCACACCCAGCUGAAUCAGACAACUCCAAAGAGACUGAUGCUAAUGCUGAAAAUCUUAAUUCUCCCAACCAAGAGGUGUUCAGUUUUCAUAAUUACUCAAAGGAAACAUCAAGCAUUUCCUCCAACUCAACACAACCUUGUGAACAUCCAUCAGAGCUUUCGACAGAGGAUGAAAGUGUUUGGAUGAAAGAGUCGCCUGAAUGGAGCUUGACAUUGGCUGCAUCUCCACAACCUCCAGAUGAGGGGAAUGGGGAAGUGGAGUCUGCAGAAGAGACUGGGACUGCAAUGGAGAGAGUGUCAGAUGGUGACAUUGAGGUUGAUGAGUGCAUAGCUACUGUAGAUCUGGCCACCCCAGUGGCAGCUGAGAUAGAUAAUCAUGGACACUCUGGGUCUAAACACCAAGUCCAAACUACAGUAAAAAUGGAGGAGGAGAGUGUUCCUGUGUCAGAAAGGGCAACAGGGAGCAUAAAUAGUUUGGCCGUCUUGGGUCGCAUACUGGAGGAGCAUUCAGAUGCUAUCAUUAACCACCAGCUUGAGAAAGAUAGAAUAGGCUGCUCAGCUGCUAGCCAUGAUUCUGUUAAGCCACCUAAGACUAUGCUAAGGAUCCUUAAAACUGCAGAGGGAAAGCAACAGAUGUUCUUACAGACUGCAGAGAACCAGUUUGCUGUACCUGUGCAGCUCCAAGGCAACACAGGGUUCAAGCUGAUAACCAAAUGCUCUGCUCCUCAGAUCAAUGUGUCCUAUGUUAAGCCAGGAAUUGAAAUGCAGAAUCACACCACAGGGUUGGCACUCACCCUCAAUGGUGGAAGGUUCAGCAUUCUAGGACAUACUUUAGGUGCUAGUGAAAAAGGUGCAAUGCCGUUAUCUGCUAUUCAGCCUGGAGCCAGUACUAGUGCAAGCCACUACCUAGUCAACAGCACAGCUUUUAAGGGAAAUAUGCUGUUGUCAGACGCAGCACAUAGUUCUCCUGGAGAAAAUACCAUACAAUCACUGCAGACUUGUUACUUAGUACAGAGACCAGUCCCUGUAACCCAGCCCCCCCACAAUGCAGGUAGCAAAUUAGCAAGCUCAAUGUCUCAAUCUCCACUCUUGUCCCGUCCAGUUUUGGCAAUGUCUGCGAACUCGGUGAACAAAUUAACUGCAUUGCACACUGGGCGACAAGCCUUCUUGGUUAGAUAUAUCUCUCCAGCUAAGUCAGGGAUGCUUCUGAAUAGUCUUGAUGGGAAGUCUGUGAACCAGAAAGGUCAACCUAAUGAAAACCGAGGAAAUAAAGUUGUUUAUAAGAUCGUCAGAACUGCCAGUGGUAGCACAUUUCUUGCUGGUGCUGCACACUCCUCUGCCAACAAGCCCAUUUAUCUGGCCACAAAUUCCACACAGAUGCCCUGUUUUCUGAUGUCAUCAAAUAAUGUCUCUACUGGAGGGCAAAAACUGGUACCCAUACAAAAUACCUCCCACAAACCUGUCACAGCCUCCAAGCUCUCAAAUAUUCUGUCCCCCCAAUCCAACAUGCAAGGUAGGGUCAGGCAGCAAGUGGGCAUAGAUGGUCUGAAUAAAUCGCCCCUUACCCCAAGGCCAAGUCGCCAGCUAAGUCAAAGGAAGAGACACAGGAAAGCGUUGUUUGAUGAACUCCCAGAGCACUUGCCUAAAGUGAAGAGGCUCUUGAGCAAGGCAGUAACUGAGAAAGGGGCUCCCUCGCUCUGGGUGCCUGUACCCAAAGAUGCAGAGAGGACUCUGAGACUGUACCCAUUCAGUUCACUACAAGAGAUAAAAUGCCCUCGACGAAAUCAGCCGGUAGUGGUUCUCAACCAUCCCGAUGCCGACAUUCCUGAAGUGGCCAGUAUCAUGAGGUCUGCUAACAAGUACAAAGGUGCUGUUUCCAAGGUGGCACUGUCCCAAAAAACGGUUCAAGCUCUCUCUGAACUCUGCCCGACAGGACUUCUGGGGAAAAGCUCCAAGGUGAAAUGUCCCUCAUCACAAAGCUGUGGGUCGAGACUUCGGCAUUCAGAAAGCAGAGUCCGAGAGCGAUUUCUGUUAAAACUGAAGUUUAAAAAGACUAGCAGGAAAAAGUAUGAGGUGGUGAAGUCCUUAUCUAGAUGUGCAGAGAGGUCAUCAAUGUUUGCCUGUUGGUUUUGUGGUCGACUCUUCAACAACCAAGAGGAGUGGAUAGGCCACGGCCAACGGCAUCUCAUGGAAGCAACCAGAGACUGGAAUAAGCCAUUUUAAAGCUGUCACAUAGCCCCUGGAUGGUCCAAAAUACCAUCUUAUAGAGUGGCACAAAUGGAGAGGUUAAAGUUGUAUAUUUUUCAAAUGACUCAUUAGUAUACUUUAUUCUUACAGCAGUUUCUAUUCCCAUAAAUGCCCUAAUAGCUAUGUUUGAGUCACCAUUUUUGAGGCUGUUGAUGUGUGGUACAACCUGAAACCUUUUGGUAUGUAUAGAUAUUCUAAUACGAUUAUGUAAAUAUGACAAACUCGUUUGUACAGAUGGAAUUGAACUGUGAAAACUUGGCACACUGUAAUGGAGUAUAUUUGAGGGAGCAAUGUUGCUAGAUUUUUUUUGUAUUCAGAAAUGUACCAAAUUCCUCAGGUGAUUUCAUAUUCUCUGAUUCAACUCAUCUGCUUUGUAACAUACAGUUGAAGUUGGAAGUUUAAAUAUACUUAGGUUGGAGUCAUUAACUUGUUGUAAUUAACUUGUUUUCAACCACUCCACGCAUUUCUUGUAAACAAACUAUAGUUUUGGCAAGUUGGUUAGGACAUCUACUUUGUGCAUGACACAAGUAAUUUUUCCAACAAUUGUUUACAGACAUAUUAUUUCAUUUAUAAUUCACUGUAUUAAAAUUCCAGUAGGUCAGAAGUAUACAUGCACUAAGCUGACUGUGCCUUUGAACAGCUUGGAAAAUGCCAUAAAAUUAUUUCAUGACUUUAGGAGCUUCUGAUAGGCUAAUUGACAUCAUUUGAGUCAAUUGGAGGUGUACCUGUGGAUGUAUUUCAAGGCCUACCUUCAAAUUCAGUGCCUCUUUGUUUGACAUCAUGGGAAAAACAAAAGAAAUCAGCCAAGACCUCAAAGUAAUUGUAGACCUCCACAAGUCUGGUUCUUCCUUGGGAGAAAUGUCCAAAUGCCUGACGCUACCACGUCCAUCUGUACGAACAAUAGUACGCAAGUAUAAACACCAUGAUACCACGCAACCAUCAUACCGAUCAGGAAGGAGACACAUUCUGUCUCCUAGAGCUGAAUAUACUUUUAUGCAAAAAGUGCAAAUCAAUUUCAGAACAACAGCAAAGGACCUUGUGAAGAUGCUGGAGGAAACGGGUACAAAAGUAUCUGUUCACAGUAAAACAAGUCCUAUACCGACAACCUGAAAGGAUGCUCAGCAAGGAAGAAGCCACUGCUCCGCCAUAAAAAAAAACUGACUAUGGUUUGCAACUGCACAUGGGGACAAAGAUUGUACUUUUUGGAGAAAUGUCCUCGUCUGAUAAAACAAAAAAUAUUUGGCCAUAAUGACCAUCGUUAUGUUUUUGAUUAAUAAGGGGGACGCUUGCAAGUCGAAGAACACCAUCCCUAUCGUGAAGCACGAGGGAGGCAGCAUCAUGUUGUGGGGGUUCUAUGCUGCUGGAGGGACUGAUGCACUUCCCAAAAUGGAUGGCAUCAUGAGGUGGGAAAAUUCUGUGGAUAUAUUGAAGCAACAACUCAAGAGAUCAGUCAGGAAGUUAAAGCUUGGGCGCAAAUGGGUCUUCCAAAUGGACAAUGACCCCAAGCAUACUUCCAAUGUUGUGGCAAAAUGGCUUAAGGACAUCAAAGUCGAGGUCUUGGAGUGUCCAUUACAAAGCCCUGACCUCAAUCCUAUAGAACAUUUGUGGGCAGAACUGAAAAGGCAUGUGCGAGCAAGGAGGGGCCUACAAACCUGACUCAGUUACACCAGGUCUGUCAGGAGGAAUGGGCCAAAAUUCACCCAACUUAUUGUGGGAAGCUUGUGGAAGGCUACCCAAAACGUUUUACCCAGGUUAAACAAUUUAAAGGCAAUGCUACCAAAUACUAAUUGAGUGUAUGUAAACUUCUGACCCACUGGGAUUGUGACGAAAUAAAUAAAAGCUGAAAUAAAUAAUUCUCUCUACUAUUAUUCUGACAUUUCACAUUCUUAACAAAGUGGUGAUCUUAACUGACCUUAACAGGGAAUUUUUACUGAGUUUAAAUAUAUUUGGCUACGGUGUAUGUAAACUGACUUCAACUGUAAGUAAUUAUUUUACAUUUAUCAUCUUUUCAUAGGUUUGAGAGAACAUUGUGGUAAUUUGUGUUUUGAUUCCCUUAAUUUUGUUAUUCAUGUUCUAUUCACAUAUUAUUAUUUGUUUUAUGUGAAGAAAUAGUUGUGAAGAAGUAGUUUUACAGGUAUACAAAUGGGUCGUCCUUUUUAUAUACAGUACUUCCUAUAUACAUCCCGGUUUGUUUCACUAUUUUACCUGUUUUUAUUUCUGGGGUGACAGAUGUUUUAGCAUCUUUUAGGAUAACACAACCCCAUUUGUCUAUCUUAAUUGUCAGUGCUUGACUUUAGCAUUAGUCAUAACAUAGUUAUGUUGAUUUUUAGCUCUCGUAACUGUCAUUUAUUUCCACAUCUGUGUUCAGUAUGCAAAAAUAUCUCAACUGAUUAAUUAUUGCAUGAGUGAUACUUUAUGAUAAUUUUUGCACAUUUAGUACUGUUUAGCGGGCAGGAAAAUGUUCCCAAUGAUCAAAGCUGUACUCGUUAAAUUGUACUUGUAGUUGAAAAUUAAUAGACCUACAAAAUAAUACCAUAUGGCUUCAUGAAAGACUGGUGAAACAGCAUGCACAAAAUAAGACUAAACCACAGUUUAAGCAGCAACCACACCAGCAGAUUAGCUACUUUCCUUGUACAUUUCAUUCAAGUUUGUGUUUCUGAUCUUAUGCUAAUUGAACUCCUUAUUUCCAAUGUUCCAAUACAUUUGUUUUGUAGUAGUAGAGUGAGUUCUGUUAACACUUUCUUUGAACCAUGUAUAAUUGGUUUUAUUUGACAAAUUACACUUGUUACAGACUAGCCCCCUCUCCCUUGACACAACAAUACCUCUAAACUCGACGACCAAAUAAUUGUUAUUCUCUUAAGUUUUAUGGAAUUCUCCUUUCUUAGGAAUUUAUUUUUUUCUUCCAGUUUUAAUAUCCCUGUCAGAAAGGUUGCCGGGAUCUUUUUAUCUGAGAAUAAAGUGCCUAAACUGUUGUGCACCAUGUUGACACUAUCGUACUGUAUUCACCUCCUUGUGGUUCUCUCUUCUCAAAUAAAUGUAAGUACUUUGGAAAAUAA